GUACUUUCAUUACUCUGCGGAGAAAAUAGGGAUCGAUAUUGUGCUACUGUUUAACGAGGAAAAAUGCGCCGCGCGUGGUGGUGUAGCGCUCGAUGCGCGAUAAACGAGCGCUUGACGAGAUCCAUGGCGACGAUUCCUUUGGGACCAUCAAGCACCGAAAAGGGAGAAAUCCAAGAGCGGGCAGCGCCCUACGACUACAUGAAACUAGGAUUCCCAAAGGAUCUCGAUUCGCAAGCGCAUCAGGCGGCGCGAGAGGCCAUCAUUUCGGAAAUCAUCCUGCGUGAUAAGGAAGUAUUUAAUCUCAAGCGUCAACACGAGCUAAGUAUGCUACGCGUUGAGCAAAAUCAGCGCCGCGUUCUAAAAGAUCAGGAGGAUCGCGGUCUCUAUUAUGAACAAAACUGCAAUGUUCAUACCUUUGAAACCGUAUCUGGCGGGUUGCAUUCUCAGCGCAACACCUUAUAUCACACGAUGAGCGUGGAGCGGCUGCGUAAUUUCAAGAUGAUGUUGAUUGUGUUGGGUACCAUCAUCACAUGUGUUUACCUUUACUUUCGCUAUAUUGUCAAUCCCGAGUGGGAGUACGUUGAGAAGCCGGUUAGAGUGCUUGGUAGUCGCGUGCAAACGGUGCGUGAAAUUCGUUGGAAUCGCAUGACGGACGAAGAAAAAAUUCUGGAACUUGAACGAAGAAGGUUUUCGACGCGCGCAACAGAGGAAAAGUGACUUUUUACUUCUAUCGGGGUGCGUGCGCGCGUAAUCCAACGGAUUUCUAGGCUUAUUGGUAUAACACAUGUGCAUCGCCUAUGUUCUGGAUAUUUAAAAAAUGUAGUGUUUGCAAUUAGCCAAAACGUAUGAGAAUUAGCCUGGUAUCU